UCCUGGUAAGACCCAUAUUGCCACACUGUUGGUCCGAUAUUACCAUGAACAAACCCUGCACCAAGGCCGUCACUUCACCGAAGGUGCAAUUCGUGCAGCAGGUAUCUGGAUUAUUGGUUUGAAGAGACUGGUUGGCAAUGUCAUUUAUCAUUGUGUCACAUGUCGAAAGCUCCGUGGUGUCCCUCCACAACAAAAGAUGGCCGACUUGCCAGCAGAUCGUCUCUCCAUGGACCCUCCAUUUACUUACAUUGGAUUGGAUGUGUUUGGCCCAUGGAAUGUUGUUGCAAGGCGUACAAGGGGUGGUCUCGCCCAUAGUAAAAGAUGGGCUGUGAUAUUCACUUGCAUGGCUGUUAGAGCAGUUCACAUUGAGGUUAUCGAGUCUUUAGACACCUCCUGCUUUAUCAAUGCCCUCAGGAGAUUUUUGGCCAUUCGAGGUCCUGUGAAACAGAUCCGAUCGGACAGAGGCACAAAUUUUGUGAGUGCAUCAGCAGACCUAAAGAUCCCAUCUAAUAUUGACUCCAAAUCUGUUGAGAAGUAUUUGGCAGACAGAGGCUGCUCAUGGGUCUUUAACCCCCCACAUGCAUCUCAUAUGGGUGGCUCGUGGGAAAGGUUAAUUGGCAUAGCCAGAAGAAUCCUGGAUUCAAUGUUUCUGCAAGUUGGGACAUCAAGUUUGACACAUGAGGUGCUUACUACACUGAUGGCAGAAGUGGUAGCGAUUAUAAAUUCAAGGCCUCUCCUACCAGUGUCUACUGAUCCAAGUGACCCAGUUAUACUCACCCCAGCUACCCUCUUAACUCAAAAGACGGGUGUUCCAUCAGUUCCACCUGCAGACCCUAAUGUUAAGGACCUCUGUAAGCAGCAAUGGCGCCAAGUCCAACAUCUGGCCCAAACUUUCUGGAGCAAAUGGAGAAGACAGUAUCUGUCAACAUUGCAGCCAAGAAGGAAGUGGCACGACACUCAGACGAAUCUGGAGACUGGGAGCAUUGUGCUUCUACGGGACCAGCAACUCAAGAGGAAUGAAUGGCCCCUGGGAAUAAUUACUCAAGUUCUCCCCAGUCAAGACAACAAGGUCCGCAAAGCAGAGGUCAAGGUGUCAAGGCAGGAUGGAACUAAAGUAUUUCUGAGGCCAGUGACGGAGCUCAUUCUUCUGUUAUCACCACCGUAGGACUAAAUUGUUUUAGAAGUGUUUCUUAUUCAAUGUUGAUAGUGGCAUUUAUCUAUGCCAGGCGGGGAGUGUGCUGUUAGAGUGGUAUUAGUGUUGUUGUAAGUGUAGUUUUAGCACCCCCAACAGGAGAUUUUGUAAAUAGCAAGUGACGUCACAGGAAGUAAAAAAUCGGUGGAUGUUUACAUGGUGCUUGACGUCUGAUCAUUAUCCACGUCCAUCUGCCUCCAUCCUUCGUCUUUCGUGUUAUCGUCUGUAUGUAUACUGUUUAUUAUCUACUUAUGUUUAGCUUAUUCACUAUAUUUUACUGUAACAAAAUGGUGCAUGUUGUAAUCGUAUUUUUUGUUGUAUUUAUUUCAGUUUCACACUUUCUGCAUUAGUAAA